AUGACAGCUCUAUCCAAGGCCGCCACCAAGGCGUCGACUCGCCUUUUCCUCCUCGUCUUCACAUUAAUACUUGCCCUCUCUACACAUACCCACCAUUAUACCUUUGCUCAGACGGCACCUCCAUUUACCCCUGUUCCAGUUUGGGCCCCAGCAUCUGUCAAGACGGCAACUCGCCUCUUCAUUCUUAGUGGCUACAGUACACUUACCCCAGCAGCCGACACCAACAUCGCAGCCCCCACUGCAGACCAAUUCUUCUUUCUCGAUCUUGCAAAAUCAUGGACGAGCUCGGCUCCCGCAUGGACUUUGGUCACCCCAGCGAGUACUGGUUUGGCCAAUCCCCAACAAGUCAACUUUCCGGGGACAUCCUCAUCCGACCAAAAAAAGCUUUACUUCUUUGGCAUCCCCGGCCCUAACUCCGUCUACCAGUUUAAUCUCGACACUGCACAAUGGUCUCCUGCGAAAGCCUCUUUCCUGGAACCCACUCGAAAAGGAUCUGGGACUGUGACAGACCCUAGCACAAACCUGGUUUAUAUGGCAGGAGGAUAUUCAGGUACCAAUUUGAUGAACAUUUGGAAUCCUUCAACGGGUCAAAUCUCCAAUAUGAGUUUGCCGAAUCCUCCUGCCUUUCCGUAUAGAACAUACUACACCAAUGUAUAUUGUCAGGCGAGACAGAGCAUUUUGUAUUUCGGUGGUGUUGGUUCAACGAUUGUCAUGGCCUAUGUGACAGAGUUCCGACCAAAGCAGGGGACGUUCACUACGCUGAACAGUCCGACGAGCAAUGAGAUAUUCAUCCUCGACAUCCCCACUCUGACUUGGAGUUCUGGUAGUCCUAGUCCUCAGCCCCAGGUGUAUGCUGCCUGCGCUAUUGCCGGAGACCAGUUCAUUGUCUGGGGUGGGCUCUAUUCUGACACCCAGAUAGCCUCUACAGAUGUGCACAUCUACAACAUAACAUCCAAUACCUGGAUCAAUCAAUACACAGCACCAGCAGCCUACCAAAGUCUGAACGUACCACCAAUACCCAAUGUCAAAUCAACGACCAUAUCAUCAGGACCUUCCGGGACAGGAUCAGCAAAUCCUUCCCUAGUAUCUGAAACGGGAACAGGUCAAUCCUCGGACGUUGGUGGCAUUGUUGGUGGAGUCGUCGGAGGUUUGGCUGUGAUUGCAGCUAUUGCAGGAUUUCUAUUCUACCGACGACGACGGAUUCACCGAGUACCCUCUCCUUCGGAUCCGGUUAGGAUCGUCGAUAAGGAAGUGAUCGAGACUAGAGAUUCCAGUCCCAAGCCAGGAAACAGUAGCGGACUACGGGAGAUUAAAAAGCACAGUCCUCAGGCCAUUACGAUCGAAGGAGCACGUAUACCAGACCGGUACCAAGGCCCACAGGCUCUCGCUAGCGAAUCAAACAAUUCGAGCCACUCGCUCGAUAUGAGAUUGAAAGGGAUCGACAAUCAGCUUCAACAUUUGGAACUCCAACGACUACACCUGAUCCUGGAAGAGCAAAAGGCUCAACUUCGAAUGGAAAACUCGAGACAAAACCCUCAAACCUUCUCAUAG